UGUGUGUGUUGAGUGAGAGAGAGUGGGUGUAUUAGAGGAAGUGGAGAGGGUAGAAUAUGAGACGAACUCAAGAAGAGAAGUCAGAGAAGAGGAGAGCUAAGGAAGCGGAUUGUUGCUGACUUCCUGUGAUGUAACUUCCUCUAAGAAUCAGUCUGUCUUGGCCAGCAGGUGAAAGUAUCCCUUUGGCACGUCCCCUGCUCAGUCUGCUGUAUCUAUUGGAUGAGCUCACCUGUCAGUCCCUGCAUGAGUUCCAGCCCCCCGGGAUGUAGGUGGCUGAUAGCUGCCGACCUCUGACACAAACACACACACACACACACACACACUCACAAACACAAACACAUGCAAAUGCGCACACACACACACACACACACACACACACACACACACACACACACACACAAGCACGCACAUUCGCACUAUGAGCACUCCGGCUGAGGUGGUACAACCAUCACGUGCUCCGACCAGACCUCAGAGUCGUCUCCUGGACAGGCGGGGCUCCAACUUGUCACUGCUGUUGGAUGUGACCAGCUUGGGGGAGGAGCCUGUGUGUUCUGUCUCCACCCCCAAGGAGGUGUGGCUACAGCUUUUACACACUGCCUCACGACCACUCACACACACAGAGCUGCAGCUGGCCGCCCUGGACACAACCACAUUGAACACAGAAUACCAGAAAAUUCCUCCAAACUUUGUGAACUCUGAAGAACUUAACAUCCCCGGGCACGCAAUCAAGGACCGCUACAAAACCAUCCUGCCUAACCCUGACAGCCUGGUGGUCCUCGGGAGCCUACAGGAAGAGGCGGGACCAGAGGGGGCGGGACCGGAGCGCUACAUCAACGCUAACUACAUCCGGGGAUACAGGGGGGCCCUGAAGGCCUACAUAGCGACCCAGGGCCCGAUGCUCCACACCCGGGGGGACUUCUGGGACAUGGUGUGGCAGGAGGGGAGCCGGGUGAUCGUCAUGGUGACCAGACUGAAGGAGGACAAGGAGAAAUGUGAGCAGUACUGGCCAGCCCCAAGAGGAGGAGAGGAGGAGGAGGAGGAGGAGGAGGAGGAGGAGGAGGAGAAGCAGAGUGAUGGAGAGGGCUGGUUUGGAAGGUUUCUCCUCAGAGUGAUUGACAGGAAGAUGGAUGAGCAUGUGACCGUCACUGACCUCGAGAUACAGCUGUCCUCAGAACGCCGUGUGGUCAGACAUUAUUGGUUCACGUCUUGGCCGGACCACCAUGUCCCAGAAUCCACUGCUCCUCUGCUGCGAUUGGUGGAGGAGGUGGAGACUUAUAACAAGUCCCUCCCACCAGCCAGCAAGCCAAUCAACAGCCCUGUACCAACAUGUCAACCAAUCAUUGUUCACUGCAGUGCGGGGGUGGGGCGGUCCGGCUGUUUCCUGGCCGCAAGCCUGUGCUGCCAGCAGCUCAGAGAGACAUCUCAGCUCGACGUCCUGGAGACCGUUUCCCAGCUGCGCCUCGACAGAGGUGGUAUGAUCCAGACGGCCGAGCAGUACCUGUUCCUCUACAGCGUGAUGGCCCAGUUCAGCAGGCAGCUCACACUCUGCCAGGAGCAGGAGACCCCGAUCCUGGACCAGGUCCAGAGCAGACCCGUGGACCAGGACCUCCUGGGACCCCCAGACCUCCUUCUGACUCCCCAGCUCCAGGGUCUCACGCUGGAAGCUCCCCCUCUGAGGAACCCUGGAGAACAGAUGGAGAACCCCCCUGGGGGUCCGGAGAACCCUGGAGAUCCCGGGAGACCAACCUAGACCCACUUAGAGCCCAAGAGGACCCUAAAGACCAUCUAGACCCACCCAGAGCCCAAGAGGACCCUGAAGACCAUCUAGACCCACUUAGAGCCCUACCCUGAAGACCAUCAGCCCCACUUAGACCCCUACCUUGAAGACCAUCAGCCCCACUUAGACCCCUACACUGAAGACCAUCUAGACCCACUUAGACCUCUACCCUGAAGACCAUCUAGACCCACUUAGACCCCUACCCUGAAGAACAUCAGCCGCACUUAGACCCCUACCCUGAAGACCAUCUAGCACCACUUAGACCCCUACCCUGAAGACCAUCAGCCGCACUUAGACCCCUACCCUGAAGACCAUCAGCCGCACUUAGACCCCUAGAGGACCCUUUUUCUACUGAUGAAGUACGAUGUAUCUAGAGAUGCUACAAUACCACUUUUUUCCUUCCGAUACCGAGCAUCGGCCGAUAAAGAGUUUAUACCGAUACAGGCAGCAUCUAGCAUUGUAACCAACAAUAGCCCCUGUUCUUAUUGAAGGGUUCUCUUACGAUGACAUCAAAUUAUAGUCGGUUCAUUUACAUUUAUAAUACACAAUUCGAAUAAUACAUUUGUAUUCGCUUAGUUACCAGUUUCCCAUUCCGACUUUCCACCGUUAACGAACGCAGCAUAACACUGCACGUGUUUGUGAUGUUCUUUCUCUGAUGUCGUGUGACGGUAUUGGAUCGGCACAAUGACUUAGACGGCGUACUCGCCGGUACCCGGAUGUAUCGGAGGAAUUUCCGAUGCUGGUAUUGGUAUCCGGAAAACUCUAAUUGUAUCUAUUGCUAAAGGACAUUGUAUCUAUUGAGGAAAUUUAUUAUAUCUAUUGAUAAAGAACAUUGUAUCGAUUGAUGAAAUUCAUUGUAUCUAUUGAUAAAGAUCAUUGUAGCUACUGAUAAAGUACACGGUUAAAGUA